AUAUUUUUUCCUGAGCACCGACACCGGUAAAGAAGGAUUCAGCACAGGGAAAUAAACAGCGACUGUUUACUGCUCACAAUGAUGGAGGAUGAAGAAUUAGAGUUAGUGGAAGAUUUGGAGGCGAUAUUACACCUUACUCCAGAAGUGCAGCUGGCUAUUGAGCAGGUUUUCCCCAGCCAAGACCCUUUGGAUCGAGCCGACUUCAAUGCUGUUGAAUACAUUAAUACAUUGUUUCCAACAGAACAGUCUUUGGCGAAUAUAGAUGAAGUGGUGAAUAACAUUCGACUUAAAAUCAGACGGUUGGAUGACAACAUCAGGACAGUAGUGAGGGGACAGACUAAUGUGGGGCAAGAUGGCAGACAGGCACUGGAGGAGGCCCAGAAAGCCAUCCAGCAACUCUUUGGCAAAAUCAAAGACAUCAAAGACAAAGCGGAGAAAUCGGAGCAAAUGGUGAAAGAGAUCACACGUGACAUCAAGCAGCUGGACCACGCAAAGCGUCACCUGACCACCUCUAUAACCACCCUCAAUCACCUGCACAUGCUGGCUGGCGGUGUGGACUCCCUUGAAGCUAUGACUCGAAAAAGGCAGUAUGGAGAGGUGGCCAAUCUCCUUCAGGGUGUAGUCAACGUCCUUGAGCACUUCCAGAAGUACAUGGGCAUCCCCCAAAUACGCCAGCUCUCAGAGAGAGUUAAAGCUGCACAGAGUGAGCUUGGCACGCAGAUACUGGCUGACUUCGAAGAGACUUUUCCUGCCCAGGGGUCAAAGAAGUCUGGAGGUCCUAGCAAUGUUCUCAGAGAUGCCUGCUUGGUGGCGAAUGUCCUGGAUCCUCGGAUUAAGCAGGAGAUCAUCAAAAAGUUCAUCAGGCAGCACCUUUCAGAAUACAUGGUGCUCUUUCAAGAAAACCAGGAUGUGGCGUGGCUCGACAAGAUAGAUCGGCGCUAUGCGUGGAUCAAGCGUCAGCUUGUGGACUAUGAAGAGAAGUAUGGGCGAAUGUUCCCGGAGGAGUGGUGCAUGACCGAACGCAUCGCUGUAGAGUUCUGUCAUAUCACCAGAACCGAGCUGGCCAAGCUGAUGCGAAACCGUGCCAGGGAGAUCGAGGUCAAGCUUUUGCUCUUCGCUAUUCAGAGGACCACCAAUUUCGAGGGACUGCUGGCUAAGCGCUUCUCAGGCUACACCUUAAACGACGGGCCUGCGCAGAAAAAACCUGAGAUGCCUUUAGAACCAACAAACCCCUUUUUGGAAGAUGAGGACAGUGGACCAGAAAAGGAUGAAGAUUUGGAUAGACCAAAGAAGCCGAAGGCUCCAGACAACCCCUUCCACGGCAUUGUGUCAAAGUGCUUUGAGCCUCAUCUCUACGUUUACAUCGAGUCGCAGGAUAAAAAUCUUGGCGAGCUGAUCGACCGUUUUGUUGCUGAUUUCCGGGCACAGGGUCCCCCUAAAUCAGGUACAGAUGAGGGAGGCGCUGUGCUCCCCAGCUGUGCAGAUCUCUUUGUGUACUACAAGAAGUGUAUGGUCCAGUGCUCACAAUUGAGCACCGGAGAGCCCAUGAUUGCUCUGACCACGAUCUUCCAGAAGUAUCUACGCGAGUAUGCCUGGAAGAUCCUCUCUGGGAACCUACCAAAGACCAGCACCAAUAGUGGUGGUCUAACCAUCAGCAGCCUGCUGAAGGAGAAGGAGGGAUCAGAAGUGGCCAAGUUCACAAUGGAAGAGUUGUGUCUUAUUUGCAGCAUCUUAAGCACAGCCGAAUACUGCCUGGCUACCACACAACAGCUGGAGGAGAAGCUCAAGGAGAAGGUGGACAAGACCCUAAUGGAGAGAAUCAAUUUAACUGGGGAGAUGGACACCUUUAGCACGGUUAUCUCAAACAGUAUCCAGCUCUUGGUUCAGGACCUGGAUGUUGCAUGUGAUCCGGCCCUCACAGCUAUGAGCAAGAUGCCAUGGCAGAGUGUGGAACAUGUGGGAGACCAAAGCCCAUAUGUGACCUCUGUAAUCAUGCACAUCAAACAAAAUGUGCCCAUCAUAAGAGACAACCUGGCCUCCACCCGGAAAUACUUCACCCAGUUCUGCAUUAAGUUCACCAACUCCUUCAUUCCAAAGUUCAUCAACCACCUGUUCAGGUGUAAGCCAAUCAGCAUGGUUGGAGCAGAGCAGUUACUCCUGGACACACAUUCCCUCAAGACCGUUCUUCUAGACCUCCCUUCUAUUGGCUCUCAGGUGGUCCGUAAAGCCCCGGCCAGCUACACCAAAAUAGUGGUUAAAGGAAUGACUCGAGCGGAGAUGAUCCUCAAGGUGGUCAUGGCCCCUCACGAGCCAUCCUUGGUCUUUGUGGACAACUACAUCAAGCUCCUUGCUGACAGCAAUCCUGAGACAUUCCAGAAGAUUCUAGAUAUGAAGGGUCUGAAACGGAGUGAGCAGAGCACCAUGCUGGAGCUGUUCAGACAGAGGGUGCCUAUUCCACCAUCAGGGUCAGAUGGUGGCCCAUCAUUGACCUUCAGUGCCCCCACCCCUGAACAAGAAUCUUCCCGUAUCCGCAAACUGGAAAAGCUCAUCAAAAAGAGGAUUCAGUAAAUCAGAAGGAACUUUAUUCCCAUCAAUAUACUAAUGUGAGCGCUCUGUCUGGAUAUUCAGUAUGGCCUGACAACAUGUCUCCACUCCAGUUUUAACAUGCUGAAAAUGGUGAGUAAAUAGUACUGCUAUGUCUUCUGUAUGUAUUUAUGUUCUCUGACAGAUCAUGGUUUAACUUUGUGGCUUUUAUGACUUGCAUUACUAUGAGCCGUAUAAUUCAAGUCCUUUCCUGAACCUCAACACAUUACUGGCAUGUAUGAGUCAUUUUGCCAUACCCCCCUCCCCUUUUUCCUCCACUUUACAACACUAAUACCCACAGUGUCAUUUACUUUGCACAUUUCUCUGAAAUAUGCUUGCACUUAAAGCAAAUCAGAGGGCAGUGUGGCUCAGAAAAGUAACCUGCUGCUAUUCUGGCACAAAGUCUUCUGUACUGGGAUUUCAACAUCAAGAUGAUUUAAAGCCAACGUUUUUGUAAUUGUCCCCUCACUAUAACAGUAAACGGCUGUGUGGAACUUGGCUGUUGCUCUGGGGUAAAGGUGCCUGUGGAGUAGAAGAGUGAGGUCUCAGAGGAGCUUGGGAUUUCCUGUCUCCUGCUGAAAUGGCAAACCAGUUGUUUUGGCUUUUGAAAUACUUUCCCAGGUUGAAGUGAAAAAAAAAAAAUCGUAUUGUAGAUGUUUUAAUCCUACAGGAGCUGUAAGGAAGAAAUAUUUCCCACCCGCGCUUUACCAUGGUAGACUUAUUUUCUCUGCAAACAAUAACUGUAAUUCAUGGGAGAUUAUUGGAAUGCAGAAAUAUUAGUGUGCACACUGAGGAUACAUUCUUUUACUUUACGUCAUCUGCUGUUCACUUGUGUAAAGGAAGUAUUUGUUUUUGUCUAUUGUUUGACAUAACUUAUUUUAUAGUCCUUUUAAUAACUCUGGAAUCGGGUUACUGUAAUCUUAAUCAUUUAUCCAUCAUCACCCUCUCCUUCAUAAUUGUUUACUCCUUGCACAUGGCUUUGUACUUGUUAAAAGGCUUCAACAGCAGUACAUGUCAAAGCUAAAGUGUUUGCAAUGAAUGUAUGAUUUAUGCGUCGGAUGGGCUACUGUAAUGCAACAUUAUUUGCAUUGAUUUCUGCUGUGAUUUAUACUUUUGAUUGCUUAAAAUGAAAACAUUCCUGCCGUCUGUGAAUAGGACAGCAUCUUUUUAAUAUCAACUGCAGAUGUAAAUUCUUGUCAAUAAAAAUCUGUUGACUGUA